CUAAUUGUUGUGAUAAACUUAUUAAAUAGGAAAUUCAUGAGCAAUGACAUCCCAGAAGAAGGUUUUUAAUGUGGACAUCGAAGAAGGUGAAAUACAAUCUGACGACGAGUAUAGCUGUAAUUUUGGUCCCGGAAGAAGUUUGCAACAAUUAAAAAACGAGAAACAGUUACUCUCUAAUCAAGAAAGAAUAAACAGGCUAUAUUCUUCGUUUUUGGAUGAUUACCACGAUACUGGGGAAAAAGAAUCUGAAAACUCCGAAUCAUGGUCUACACAGGCGAGUCCCAAAAAGGUGGAAAAGUCAAACAGAACUUUUCAGAAGGCAAUAAGUGGGGUUAUGAGCCCCAGCUAUCAUCAGAAGAAAAGUACAAAGAAGAAAAAGUCAAAUGAAAAGCUGGUGGACAGUGACAUCGAAGAACUUUACAGCGAACUCUUACCUAGUGCAAAAUUGACUGACAGAAACGAGAAGGUGUAUAAAAUAGUGCCAUCAGAACGUGCAAUUGAAGAGCAACGGAAACAAUCUUUUCGUCCACUAUCAUCAAACAAGGCAUCAACACUAGAAAGAGCUUGUCUGUCGAAAGAAAAUUUGCGCCGAAUAGCGGAUACCCUAACCGAAGACAGAGAAAAGAAAAAGACGGAAAGUUUUUCGGAAUCAAUUGACAAUGGAAACGAGUCUUCGAUGGACAUCGAAAGUCCAGAAGAGCCAGAUGGCCAAGGCGGGGUCCCAAUUUUAUUCGGAUCUGCUGAAGCAACGCCGCCUCUAUCAGAUGACGAAAAAAUUUCACGUUCUGAAAAACCAGCACCCUUUGUCAACCAAACUGUUAACAAGGACCAAAAUCCAGCUGUCCAAACAUCAGUGCAGUUGCCAGCUUUUACACCACAAGGUGGAAAUGUUCAGUUUCGACCACAAAUGCCCAACUUUUUACCCCCGCCACCAUUCGCGUUGUGGUCUCUUCACAAUGCAAUGCAGACGCAUCCAAAUCAAAUGCAGUGUCAACAACUUCCUCUUAACAUUCCAACUUCUCUGCCUUCCUCAAUCGUUCCGCCGAUUCCACCGUUGCCGCCGAAAAUUGAGAAAAUUCCCCCACCGCCCCCUCCGUCGAACCCCCCUCCACCUCGUAUGGAAAAUGGGCCGCAAAGAAGUCUCAAACAGGUGGUCAGUUAUUCGCCACUGAAGUUACAAGAGCAUUUGUCUUCGACUGGAGAAAUGAUUAGUCAGAACAGACUUCAGAAACCGAUGGCGAAUAGUCAAAAUAGGAUGAUAGGAGGGAUUCUACCGACGCCACAGAACAAUCCUCCCCCGUUUAAGAAACAAUUGCCUCCACCGCCAUCUCAAUUGCGUACGAUGAGACCACCUGGAUUGAUCAACUCAGGUGACAUUGACUAUCGCAGUAUAGGAUCCCCUUUGAAACCAGCUCCGAAUGUUCCUCGUGAUGUUGACAUGCGGUAUCAAUGGGGAAUUGCAGAUGCGAACAAAGGACCUCAAACAAGCAGUCAAAGUACGGGAAAAGGGUCUUACUUGAUGCCCUCAAUAAAGCGACCAACCAUUACUAUUGCACCCCUAUCAUCGCAUCUACAGUCGUGUGAAACAAGAGAAAGUAUACGCAAUAUCGGAAACCAGAUCUCGGUUGAAGAACCACCUGAUGUUUUGAGGCCAGGAGGACAAUCUAUUCAACCAGCUUUAUACGUCAUUGAAAGUAGCAAUAGUUCAAUGAGUGGUUCCAAAAACGAUGAGUCUUCUAUUGAAAAUGAGAACCUUCGUCUUUGGCAAGAGGCGGUGGCCUCGAUGGCACAGAAGCGUCGAGCUAAAAGGCAUCAACCAAGCAGCAGUACUAGUUCUUCCAACACUCGGAGAUCAAGGAUUGUAGUUCCACAGGAACCGGAGAAGUCGGUAUCCCCGCCACUGAUUGUCCCGAUCGAAGACGAUAUUAAAGUGGUUGAAAUCGAAAACUCACCAACUUCUGAAAGUCUAAUUCCGAUCUCAAACGAUGAAGAUGAUUUUGAUGAUACAGAGUCGUUUUACGAGGAGCCAGAGGAAGCUGUUAAUCCUGGACAAAGGAAUCCAAAUAGUGGAAGUACGGAGUCCAGUUCAGACGACGAAGAAAUAGAAUUACUGGAAUUAAGAAGAGAAGCCAUGAAAUCAAUGGUGGAAAAGGAUAAAGAGGAUCUGGAAUUGGAAGAGUUGAGAAAAGAAGCUUCGAAUACAUUGAAAGAAAUUAAUACCAAAUUCUCUGAUGUGUCUAAGAGCAUUGGGAGCCUCAAAACAGUUUCGGAUUCUGAUGAUUUGCCAACUAAAGUACUGGAAUCAAAAACUACCGCUCAAUUAUCGGAAUCCAAAGAUAAUGAAAAAGAGGUGCAGGUACUUUCAAUGGGAACAGAAAAGGAAAACGCUAAAACAGAAAUCUCGAAAAAAAUUGAAUCAGCCGUCGGUGAUAAAGAAAAUAAUGAUGGGGCGGAAAAAAUAUAUGCAGAGAAGACUCAAAAACAUUCCAAUCCAAAGCAAUCUGGCAAAAUAACUUCCCCUUUUGUCAACAAAUUAGGUGCAUCACAGUUUCUUAGUAGCGAUACGCGUAUAAAACUUCCCGGUCAAAAUACAUCUGUCAUCGACAAUAGCAGAAUUGUACAAGCGAAGUUGAACUUAGAAACAAAGGCUCCAUUUAGCAGUACAACUAACCCGGAAUUGAAAAUGUCCCAAGAUGAAGCGAAGUCAUAUCUGAGAAGUAAAGUUGCCGUUGAAUCACAAGUCACACAGCAAAAGAAAGAUGGAAUUGCUGCUUGUACUAGUAAAAAUACAAGUAAUGUAACUUUGACUGGAGCGUUGUUGAAACUCCAGUCAUUUCAAAAAAUGUCUGGCGCGGGAUCGUCACCUUCAUUUCAAGUUAAGAAUCAUAAGUUCCAACUUAUCAACCAGAAUUCAAAGCCAACCAAUUCUGCAUCUGAUUUUUCAUUGGCUAUGGAGAAACAAACACAUCAAACAAAUCAGCGCGUCUUGAUUAACCGCCGCAGAAUCAAACGAAACUCUGUUAGCUUAUCGGGACGCGUCGCAAAACCUGUAGCAAAGGCUGUAAUUGCUAAGUCAAUUCAAUUUAAAAUGAUGAAAAGUAGUCCUGCUUUAAACCAGAAACGGAUCUCAAGGUUCGCAACAUCCAAAUCGAACAUCGGAGCAACGAGGAGUGGGGUUAAAAAGAACCCGUUUUCAAAAGUGAACGCUAAGCGUGUAAAUUACGACUGCCAGGCACCGAAACACCCCCCACUGGUUAUAAAUUUUGGAGGGGAAAGAUAUGAAAGCAGUGACGAGGAAUGCAAUCUUAAUGAGGGCGAUUGGUAUGGUGCUUCGUUAUCCGAUUCAGACAUCGUAUCACAAACGUCAUCAGGAGUUGCAGGUCCUUCGAGUAGUGUGCUAAGUGGAAAACACAUGGCGUCAAUGCUAAGUUGGACUCCAAGUGAUGUGUCAAACUCGAUUAUUGACGUUGAUUUGAAAAUUGAUUCUAAAAAGUAUGGAAAAAGUAGUUUGAAUCCGUUCGCAAGAAAGAGGCACGUUGGAAAGAUAGCGUUGAAUACGGACCCGUUUUCUGAAAAUAAGUUUCAAUUUGUGAGGCAAAAUAGUGAUGAAGUCGUUGCUGAAACUCCGGUUGAUGAUCUAGUUUCAAGUUUAUCGGAUUCAGAACUGUCUAGCCAAGUUGUGUCUGAAAGUUGCGGAACCGAAUAUCAAGAAAAUCGUGCAGUUAUAGAAAAUCAAGACACAUCAUGCAUGACGAGUUCUGCAGCCAACAUUAAAACUAACACGGAAUCAAGUGUUGUUCUCGAUCAUAAAAAGAAGGACAAAGAAAUAGUUAAGGACACUGGUAAUUCGGAAUCGAAAGCUUCAAAUGAAUAUUUGAGGAACGAAACAGCACCUGACAAGACGCCGCCUGGUCACAGAAAUAUAUUUGAUAUUUUUGAUAUUGACGAUGAAGAAGAAACAAAAGACACAAAAAUGGAGUCGAUUAAAACUGGUUUUGAAACGAAACCCGCUAUUAGUGAUCAAAAGCAACAAGGCAAUGUGGGAAACAUAGAAUCAGGAUCGAAUGAAGCGUAUAGUACAACCGAAAGUAAAACGAAGAAAUCUGAAAAAUCAAAUCAACCAACUGAGAAAAUAAGCGAAAAAGAGCAGCAUGAAAAUAGUGAUUCGCCAAGUCAAUUUGAAAAUGUGAUAGCAAGAGAAUCAGAUUUGGUCACGGAGGCUCAAAAACCGAAUCUGGAUUCAACUGGAGGUGAAAUUUUGCCGUGUGCUCAAGUUCCGAAGACCAUGGAUGAAAUGAUUCGCAGUGCACGAAUAUCAGCUUCCUUGGCAAGUGACCGGAAUUCAGCCAGUGGUGUCGAAGUUACUCCGGAGAGCAUACCAGAGUCUGCAAGAGAAGAGGAAUCGGCAGUUGCCAGGAGAAAAAUUGCCGAAGGCGUGACUGUUUCUGACGCUAAAAGCCUAUCUUCCCUUGCAGUUGUGCGACAGCCAUCUGUGGGAAUUGUUGUGCCAGCGACCAGUGACGCUCAAGUGGCUUCCAGUUUCAGCACAUCAGUUAUCAAGCAGUUCAAGAAGCAACUGUUGUUUGUUAAGACUUCGCGUGAGGAGACUGAGCUGUCAAUCUCGUCCACUCGCAAACAACUGAAGAGAACUCAGGCGAAGUUGGUGGAUGCGGGCCAGUUGGCCUCGGAUCUGAAGAAGCAGCUGGCAGCAGUGCACAAGACAAUAGACUCACUGAGACAAACAGCGGGUGACUGCGACCGAAAGCUAUUGGAGCUGGAACAGAAGGAUAAGGCAAUGAUAGCUUUCGAGAAGCAACUGCUUCAAAAAAUGAGUGUCGCGCAAACUGUAGAAUCUACCAGCUCUACGAUGGAUCCAACGACAAAACCAGAAGAACUACUACGCAUCGCUAGCUCAAACAAGCUGAUCAGGAGUCCACUUAAACUUGAUCGGACAUCGAUCACAAAGACGAAGAGUGUCGGAGGUCUCACUAUUUUGACCAGAGAUAUACCAGCAAGUCCAAAAGUGGGUGAUCCAAAAGCGACCACGCCUGUGCGGCUGAUGGCCAGAAAAACAAUUGCGGGUUCUACUGGAAAAAGGAAGAAACGAGAGCCUUCAAGUGCUGUUAAGACCACAGAAACAACACAAGAUAAAACAGGGGUUAAAGACUCAAAAGUAACAAAAACGGACGAUUCCAGAAGUUUAGACGCUGAAGUAAACCGAAGAGAUGUGUCGGAAGCUUCGAAUUUGGUAAUAAGGACUGGAAUUCCUGGUUUUUCUGGUCGAGAGAAAGACGAUAAGUCAAAACCAGUUACCUCUGUAGCUACAUUGAAAAAAGAGAUAUCAUUAGCGAAAAGUAAUACGAGCGUACAAGAUGCAAAAUCAAGUUUAGCAGCGGAGUUAGAAGCGACCAAUCAGAAACUAGCAAUGAUGAGGUCAGCAGUGAUUGCUUCGGGUCAAAAUGUUCCCACGAGGUGGAAAACAAACACGCCUAAAUGGCACAGUCUUUCGAGGGUGUCCAGGUCAAUUAUCAGAAGAGGAUACGUUCCUAGGAAUGUCCAACCGUCGAAGUCAGAUCUCCAGAAGAAUAACUUGGUCAUAUCAGAAAAUUUUACUCAAGAAAAGCAAUCAUCUAGUACAGUUUCUGGUACAUCAAGUGACGCGAAAGAUUUAGUAAAUGUGAAAACACCAACCGGACGCAGACCUCUAACAAGAAGUAGAAGUUCAAUAAUGUUGACGAAAGAUCAGAACUUGAAUUAUGGAAGCAAGGCAGCAAGUGGAUCGUCUUUGCCCCUGAAGAGUUUCCAGUCAAAUCCAGCGGUUCUUUUGGCUGCGAUGAAGACUAAAUUGGCAGACAUGAUGACUAAUUUUAAUAACAGUGAGAAAUAUCUACAACCCAAAGACAAUAACUUGCCGAAGCUGUCAAUCAAAGAUGUCUCGAUUCGGAAAUUGAAACCAAACCUGAAGCCAGAGAUAUCUCCAGAGAUCGGAAGGUACAAAGGAAUGGGAGUAAUUGGAAGUUUCGAUCCUUCUAAAUUUAAAGCGGACGAGGAGAAAUAUGAUGUGAAAUACAUUUAUGACAGUCCUUUGAAAGCUUUUAAAUCUUACAGGUUUUGUCCGAACUUUCUGUUCGCCUUCAAAGGAAACGAAGGUAGUGUCACGUGGUCACACACAAUUGACCCCUUCGUAGCCCUGUGUCCAUUUGACCUCCACGGGCAAUGUGCAGAUAAAUUAUGCUCGUUCCAACAUGCAAAAGACUACGCUCUUACGCGCAUGCAAUUAGCAUGUGAUCUGUUAGCAUAUCUUCACAUAUCGCCAGAAUCUUGCGUGUUUACGGAACAGUCGCUGCAAAAACAAGUGUCGAAUAAGAGAGAACAAUUUGAUGAUUUGCAAAAGAAGCUAGAAACCAUAGUACAGCAGAUAGCGAGAAACGAGUUGGCAAAUUUGACAAGAUCUCAAAUUGUAAAAGAUAUGGUUAGCUCAGUAAAUCGCUCGAGAGUUUCGUCGUUGAAAGCAGGAGAACCAAUUCCGGAACACCAUAUCAUGCCUGGAAGCAGAUCGUGGCGACCUUUGAACUCUAGAAAACGUCUACAUCAAGUGUCAGAACUAGAAACAGUUUCAGAUGCCACUCAAGAUCCGAAAAAAGCGAAGAUUGACCAAUCAACGGAUUCCAAUGACGUUUUAGCGAAUGUUCGUUCAAAACUAGAAGAGACCAAAGUUCAAAAUGCAAUCGAAGUUGCGACCAAGAUCCAAAAUCAAAUCAAAAGCGCAGACCCAAAUCAAAUUGGCUUGAGGGCAUCUCAUGACCAAAAUGACAGAAACGUUCGAUAUUUCGAUGGUUCAUGUGACCGAAAAAGCGCGAAAGAAUUGAAAAGUCUUAUUCAGUCUGAGAGCGGUGACGUCACAGCUUGGAUUGAAUUAGCCAAAUGGACCGAAAACAACCCCCAAAUUAAAAGUCACGAAAUCGUGCAAAAAGCAAAGCUCAGUGUGCUAGCUAGAUCUCUCGAAGUGAACAGAACUUCAGUGGAGUUGUGGGAGUAUUAUGUGACGGAGUUUGCAAAGACUAGUUUCAAUACAGUGUCUAGUAUUGUGAGUUUGUGCAAUGAGGCUUUGGCUUACGUGGACUCAGAUUUCAUUCUUCAUUUGAUCUGUGAGCUGGAGACGAAGGCAAAGAAGAAACUAGAAGUUCUGUCCAAGCUAGUUGACAAAGCACUGGCUCAACAAAAAGGAGUGCUGUUCAUCCAACGAAUGCUGUUGCUUAUCAAAAUCAACUUGCUUACUUUCCGGGGUCAAACGCCAGAUAAGAACCAUGUCGUGAAAGUGUGUGAAAAACUUCAGAACUUGAUCAAAAACGGCAGCACUCUGGUUCAUUUUUUGGACCCGAAGCAGUUGUCGUUUCUCUGGCUCAUCCUCAUCCAGUUGAAUGACUCAUCUUCUCUCCCGUCUUCACUCGAUGUUCACAUGGUCGAAUUCUUCCCACAGUGGAUGCAGAAAAACUCUGAAUUUGAGCCGUUUGAAAUUGAGUGGGCAACAAGUUCAAUAUCAGAUCUCAGUGCCAUUCUGGAAAUGUUCGAAGUUGCUUCGGAAAGUGUUCGCAGUCACUGCGUGGCUUUGGAUCUUCCCAAUCUGGAGGCUAUGUUCCAUAUCAGGAGGAACUAUGCCAGGCUCCUACACUUCCACAAAGAGCACAAGCGAGCCAAUAAUCUUCUGCUGGAAUGUCUGCGAUCUUCCUACACUUGUUUUCUUCCAUCCAACCCAGAAAAAUGCUGCGAGUUUUUAUCUAUUUACGCUUUGCAGACAGUUCAGUUUGCCUACAACCCCAAUGGAAUCAAACCAACUCUGGAUUCACAUUUGGAGAAGAUGAAUUCUAUUGUCAAGAAGCCAACGAAGUUAAUAGAGCUAUGUGCGGAAUGUGCUGAAAUAUCUCAGAAUAAGAAAUGGCCUGCUGUUACGAGAUACUUCGUUGAAACUACGCUCAAAUAUUUUUUCAAUUCUACGCCCGAAGAAAUCAUUAGUCAUUUCAGAAGUUUGCUGUAUCUGAGUCUGACUGAUAGUUUGCAGUGCAUGUCUGUCCAACCAGUGGAAGAGUCUCAGAAAAAAUAUUUAGCUGUUAUGUUGUGUUUCCACCUAGAACUAGAGAAGAGGAAUGACGAAGUUGUGAACAGUUAUGAAGAAGCACUCGAAUCAGAGUUUGGUCAAAAAUGCACUGAAUCUAAACUCACUCUAUGGUCAAGCUACUUGAGUUUCAUGAUUCGUUUCAUGAAACUGAACAAAAACUCGGACGCUUCUGCAUUUGCGUGCGACGUACUCAAAGAUCCUCAAAAUGCAGUCAUGGUGCUAUUCCAAAAAGCAGUGAAACAAUGUUGCAACAUAGUUGAAGAUGGCAUGUAUGCGUGUUGUGAGAGCUACUGCCAGAGUCUGGAGAGACUGGCGAAGAUUGUGCUUCCGAAUCUGGCUCUGGAGCCGAGGAUUGUCAUGAUAGAGUUGCUGAUGGAGAAAUUUCCAAAGAAUAUCUACCUCAUGAAAACAUAUGACGUGGUGGCCAAGUACAAUCUGCGUGGAGCACAGAUCAGAUGUUCGAUGGCACUGGCUGAUACGAAGCCAUGUGUGGAGCUGAUCCAGAUGGCGGUGCAGAUGAAUCUUCAGGCAGAUGACUUAUCAGAGGCUUUGAAAUGUGCGCGUUUGGGUCGUGACGCUUUCCCCUUUGUGGGUAAAUUCUGGUGUGAGGAGUUGGUCAUCUUGUGCUGUGCUUCGGAGUCGUGUAAAGACAUUCCAUGUGUCGUUCAGCUGGCGAGUGAGAGAGGAGGACUUGAUCUGGGUGAUUUUGUGAGCCCCGUUUUAUCAAAAAAUUAGAUUACGCAGAUAGAUGCAUACCUAACUUAUUUUGAGUUCA